AUGAAAAAGCCGAUCCGAAAAGUGGGACUGUUAGAAAUGAAGAGGAGGAAUGACAAUGAGCCGAGGAAAUUCGAAAAGGAACAGCAGCAGAGCUAUACGGUUGUAACAUCCAAAUGCUACCAAAAGACCUUAAGAUCCACCAGCGGAAAUAAACGCCACUCAGUGAUGGAUAAGACUGCUAAGUCAGACGCUAAUAUACGCCAAGCACGGGAACAUCUAAAGCGUAUCGAUGUUAGCAAAUCGAUAGGGAAGCAAGAAGCACAAGCAGCAUUCGUCCACCAGGUCCCCGAGCAGCAGUCCUCAGCAACGAAUCCAGCACCUCGAAGCAAGGUGUGCUCGGAACAAGCCUCAGCUCUUACUCUUUCUUCAGCCACGGUGAAGACGAAUAAGCUUAGUGGAUCAAAAUUGGAAAAGAAGAGUGGGUCCAAAGAACGGGUGGCCCGACUUAAUGGGGACGCAUCUGGAAAUGAAUGUCAUACUGACGAAGCAUUUACGAAACAAGUGAGCGAUACUAUGGAUCUGAAACUAAUUAAUGAAUAUAGACGCACCCAACGCAUUCCUAAACCACAGGCAAAAAUUCCUGCAUGGAAUAUUGAUGAUGAACCAAAACAGACAGCUGCUGGGGGAAAACAGAAGAUACCGAGGUUGCGUGACGAAGAAACCGUUAGUGCAUCACUACCAGCACCACGUUUUAUACGUUGUCGUACGCCAGUACCGCGCGUUGUCACCGCCACCACGCCGUCCACAUUUUGCGGUGAUACCGCGCACUUGCGUCACGUUACUCCGCACCUACAAAUGUCUUCAAAAAGUGUUGCCACAACAUAUCGUAAAGCAGUAACCUUUACGCAAAGUUCACAGCAGCAGCAGCAGCAGCAACAGCAGCAGUGGCAGCAGUCACCUACUAGCUGCUUCGGUGUUGCGCUGAAACGCAUCGAUCGCUUCGGCACAUUGCACAGAAACAAUCCGCGUGGCGCUAUAACACAAAUAGCACCCAAGAAACCAUGGGUACCAAAAUGGCGUCGCAUACAACGUUCGGAGGAAGAAGAAGAGGAAGCGGAAGAAGUACCAACUGUCGAAACUUCUGGUUAUAGGCGAGUACCCUCACGGCGACCGUCGCAGAUUGUUGUCAUUGAAAAAGAUGAAAAAGAUAUGACUGAAGCCGAAAAAGCAAUGCUGGGUGCAAAAAGACGCCAAGAGGAGGAAGAAGCUGUGAAACUUCAAGAGUAUGAAGAGCGACGUCGGGUUGAACGCGAGCGAGAAGAAGAGGAGUUGAGGAAACUUAAGGAAAAAAAAGAGCGAAGAAAACUGGAACGAGAGGAGGAAGAGCGUCAGUUCCAGGAAAAACUGAGACAAGAAGAAGAAAGAAGAAAGCAGGAAGAGGAGGAGCGUAAAGCGAAGCAGGAAGCCGAGAAACGCAAAAAAGAGGAAGAAAAACGAAAACGCCAACAGAUGUUGUCAUCGCAGUUUGCAAAUGCAGCCACGGGACAAACAGGAAGGAACUUUGUCAUUCCACAAAAGACAGACAGGGCUGAUAAAUUUGGCAAUAUUGUUCAGGUAAAUCCAUGGAAAAUUCACAACUAA